GUGUCACGUGGGCCGCAGGCGGCGCUACACUUGGGCCCUGGGCGCCCCUAGGCUGCGGGGCUCCCUGGAUCACUACCUCUGGCCCUUUUCCUCCAAGCCGCCGCCACCAAGUGCAUUGCCAGGUGCGCCCUCGCCAGGUGCCCCUGGACGUGCCAGGCUGGGGCCACCUCUGAGCGCCCCGUGGGGGCCAUGGAUGACAAGGCAACGGAGGAGCCGGCGAGUCAUACGGCCCCACCAGGUGCACUUGGUGGGCCUGGCUUGGCCGGUGCUGCUCCGUGGACCCCCGCGGGGCGCCGAGAGCCCAAGAAAUAUGCGGUGACCGACGACUAUCGGUUGUCCAAGCAGGUGCUGGGCCUGGGUGUGAACGGCAAGGUUCUGGAGUGCUUCCAUCGGGUUACUGGGCAGAAGUGUGCCUUGAAGCUUCUGUACGACAGCCCCAAGGCCCGGCAGGAGGUGGACCACCACUGGCAGGCCUCGGGUGGCCCCCACAUCGUGCGCAUCCUGGACGUGUAUGAGAACAUGCAUCACGGCAAGCGUUGUCUCCUCAUCGUCAUGGAAUGUAUGGAAGGUGGUGAGUUGUUCAGCAGGAUUCAGGAACGAGGUGACCAGGCUUUCACUGAAAGAGAGGCUGCAGAGAUAAUGCGGGACAUUGGCACUGCCAUCCAGUUCCUCCACAGCCAGAACAUUGCCCACCGAGAUGUCAAGCCUGAAAACCUGCUCUAUACAUCCAAGGAGAAAGAUGCCGUGCUUAAGCUCACCGACUUUGGCUUUGCCAAGGAGACCACCCAAAAUGCCCUGCAGACACCUUGCUACACUCCCUAUUAUGUGGCCCCUGAGGUCCUGGGUCCAGAGAAGUAUGACAAAUCAUGUGACAUGUGGUCCCUGGGUGUCAUCAUGUACAUCCUUCUGUGUGGUUUCCCACCCUUCUACUCCAACACGGGCCAGGCUAUCUCCCCAGGGAUGAAGAGGAGGAUCCGCCUGGGCCAGUAUGGCUUCCCAAAUCCUGAGUGGUCAGAUGUCUCUGAGGAUGCCAAACAGCUGAUCCGCCUGCUGCUGAAGACAGAUCCCACAGAGAGGCUGACCAUCAUGCAGUUCAUGAACCAUCCUUGGAUCAAUCAAUCAAUGGUGGUGCCACAGACCCCACUCCACACAGCCCGAGUGCUGCAAGAGGACAGAGACCACUGGGAUGAAGUCAAGGAGGAGAUGACCAGUGCCCUAGCCACCAUGCGUGUGGACUAUGACCAGGUCAAGAUCAAGGACCUGAAGACCUCCAACAACCGACUCCUCAACAAGCGGAGAAAAAAGCAGGCAGGCAGCUCCUCAGCCUCGCAGGGCUGCAACAACCAGUAACUCACGGGGCCAGGAAGGAGCCCGAGUGACAAACUACAGUGUGCUGAGGCUCUGGCCAGACUAUGCUUUCAACAAAUGGAUUCUUUUGUUGCUUUAGUUUGUCAUUUGGUACUCCAGGAUGGAGAGCCCUGUGACCCAAGACCUCCUUCUGAGCCCCUAGCCCAGAGAGCCCAGGCCUUAGAGAGCAGCUGAACCUGGGAGCUGGAAAGUCUUCCUUCUGCUGCAGCUGGCGUUACUUUGGCCAUGUGGCCUGAGUGAUGCCACAGUCUCACCCUGGGAAGUAGCCUUAACCUUCUAGGCCACUGAGAGUUGCGGCUGGGCCUUGCUUCUUCUUCCUCCAUAGAGACACCACCUGUGGAGUGGGCAGAUGGGCCUGGCCUGGAGAAAGGCAUCCGGCCAUUGGUUGCCAUAGUGACCAGAGACCAUGUUGCUGUCUGUGAAUGCAAAGCCAGGGAGGUGGGGGGAGGGGCAAUCAAAGGUCCACUUCUGCCUUUUUGGGGAGGCUUGUCUCUCCUGCACUGGCGGCCCCUUUCAGGUUCACCCCUCUGGGUCUGGCUUCCCUAGGUCUGGGGAGGGGCGUCUCCAGCCCUGUCUUGCCGUAGCUCUAGUCUACAUGGUAUUCAGCUCUCCUUUGUACUUCUCCAAAGCACUGUCACUACUCCCCAUCCAAAGGGUAGCUUAUCAUCUCAACUGUGGGUGGGUGUGUGUAGGGGGGGGGCAUUUUUAACCAUUUUUUCCAUUUUGGAAAAAUGUCACUGUGACAAAAGUUCCCCCCUCCCCGCCCCCAUCCCUUCCUGCUCACUAAAUCCCAAAAUCUCAGGAACAGUUUCCCUGUGCUAAUGGCAAGGGCCGCCUUUUGGUGUGCUUUUGUGAAAGGGGAUGAAGUCUGGCUCUCCGUUAACCGGGGCUCUCUUCCUGCACUUCUGUGCCAGACCUGAGGCGGUGGAAGGUUGCUGAGCCAUGGCUCACAGGGUCGUCGGAGCAGAGAGGUUCCUUCCUUGGCUGACGCAGGCCUAGCUAGCCUUGCCCUGCCCAGGGUAGCCUUUGGGUGCUGAGUGUUUGACAUGAGGCCUGCUAAGUGCCUGAUAACCCAAUCUAGUUCCUGACUCCUCUCAGUAGCCGGGGAACCUCAGACCAUGUCGGCUAGGACAAUGCUGCUUGGGUUUUAUAUUUGGAUAUUAAUAAACACUUUUUUUUGGACUUUU